AUGGCAGACAAACCAGACAUCAGUGAGAUUUCCCAUUUUGACAAAAGCAAACUGAAGAAGACUGAAACUCAGGAGAAGAACACCCUUCCAACUAAAGAAACUAUUGAACAGGAGAAGCAAGGAGAUGCCUAA